ACAAGAGAAAACAAGAAAACAAGCAGGCAGUCCGAAUCCCGUAUAGGGCUACAUGGGCUCAAAGUAACCCCAAAAUCCCGGCCCAUAAGUCUGACUUUGGAACUGAUUGAAAACCCGGUUCGAAUUAUUCGACAGAUAUCUAUUGACCCGAAUUCCGUUGGGACCAGGCGCAUCCCAGAAACAAAUUUGAUCAACCAAAAAACAGAAACGAAAGGAGAAGAGGUGAAAUAG